AUGAAUUCCCGCGAUGAGUCUCUACCUAUGUCACCCACGAAGACAAAGCAGUUCGUGACCAUCUUUGGAGCAACAACACCUACUUCCCAGAACGACAUGGUUCGAUCUGAUGAUUUCCGAGAUGAUGGUGAUUUGAGUGGAGAUGAAGAUGAAGAUUAUGAGGAAGGGGAAGAGGAGGAAGAGGAAGAAACGGAUGAGGAAGAAGAAGAGGAAGGAGCUGUUUCUUGGCAGAAGAAUAGCAAUCCCGUAGGAUCAACCUUGGGGGUUUUGGCAGCUAUCAAAGAGGAGGAUUCCAGCGACGAGAGAUCACCGAAACCCAAACGUACAGAACGAGUUAAUCUGGUCGAGAACGCUCCAGCGGAGAAGUUGACAUAUGGCUAUUUCGAUUACACGGCGUCGAAGAAACAAGCAGGAGCAGUAGCAACCCCUAUUGAGGAAACGGCGGGCUCUGCCAGCACUGCUGCCGACAUCACCGCCGAACCCUUAGGAAGACCACUGACUACACAGAGGGUAAAGACCCCCUUGCCCGAAAGGCAGGAGCAGAAACAGGAUGAACCCUUUGUGAGGUCAACUUCGCCAGUUUGUAUGGAUUGCAUCGUGAAUGGAAAGGAUCAUCAUCAUGGAAGGGCUCCUGUCCAGUCUCCACCACCAGCAAGGGCUACCUUUCCUCAGCCUUCUUUAGAAGCUUCCCUGAAGAGGACUUCAAGCGAGUCGAUAGGAUCCAGUGAUUCCGCCGCACCCUCGAUAGAUCCUAAGCCAGAAAAUGCCAUCUCAGGAACACCGAAUAAAUCGCUCGGUCAUCCGAGUUUCUCGACACCCCAGAAACAGCCAUUUGACGGUCAGGCUCCCCCGACUCCAGCUGCAACUCCGAAUACUACUCCGGCGUUGAGGAGGAAAGGAAGUCUCCCCGUUAGAGAGCUUACGCCUUCACGGGAUUUGCAUUCACAGGGGAGUUUUUCGGACGUUACACCUCCACGGGAUCAAGCGAGCUUGAAGCUAGCAAUACCAACACCGCCAAAAGAAUCACAGUCAACUCCUUCCCACGACCGGUCAUCACCAACGAAAAAACUAUUUAAUCCAGGUACCCCUGCUAGACAACGGCUGCCAGCUAUCCCACCGACUCCUCCAACUACACCAGCAAGGAGAAAAAGUUUACCCCACGAGUUUUCAAAAUCGUAUCUGAGCCUUCCAACUCCAGUGGAAGAGGAACCAUCCUCAGCCAUAGAACCCGCCCAAGCCCAAGAUCAAGAGCAGGCCCAGACUCAAACCAAAACCCAGACUCAAACCCAACCCCAACCCCAGACCCAAGUCCAAACAGCGAGUGAGAUUAGAAAGGGACGUGGUCAUAGCCGAAGCCAUAGUGAAAGUCAUAGCCACAGUCACAGUCACAGUCACAGUCAUAGCCAUGGGGAUGGAGAUGACGAUAACUGUCCAUUUGUUAGCAGAGCCCGCAUCUUCAGAGAUAUGCACCAAACCAAAUCAUAUUCAAACAAACCUAAUGUACCGGAAUCAUCACGGCGUUUGUCACACUCAUACAGCGCAUCAGACAUCCAUAGUCAACGACGUUCAUCUAGUCUCCCCAGAAACCCCGACCCUUCGUAUUUGGGGAUGCCAUAUGGCUAUAGCCGUUCCACGUCACCGGAGCUCUCGCGUCUAUCACAGAGUUACAUCCAGCGCCCUGGUUCUUCUGAUGGUUAUAGGCGGCCGGGUUCUUCAGAUGGGUUUAGGCGUCCUGGCUCGUCUGACGGCUUCAGACGUCUCGGUUCAUCUGAUGAAUUCCGACGCCCUGGUUCUUCAGAUGGGUCCAGGCUGAACUACAGUUAUUUGCAGAGUCGACCUACAACUCCAGACGUUGGCUAUGGGGGUAACAGAGUCCCUUUUGUGGAAGGCUCCGAGUCGGGUUCAUGGAUGCCCCACCCGCCUCCACCGAGUAUAGCAUCUUCUGUUGGGACAUCGGCCAAUUCCUCUAUGCUGCUAAACCCUCUAGCGCCAGCAAUAAAUUUCAGAAAAGAGAUUCCUCAGCGACCUGUAUCCCGGAGCAUUUCCGAGAACGAUCUGCAUAACAUAGGGCGGUUUUUCGACUCUGUGCUUACGAGACGGGCGGGCGAACCAAUCGAACCAAUCGAAGAACCCGAUUCACCAAUAGAGGAACUAACUUCAGAAUCAAGGGUGGGGACAGUCGUACCAGAUAUCCCAAAAAUAGAGAUCACCGAGCAGAAAACUGGAGAUCCAAAAACGAGCGAAUUGGAUACAAAUAUUCUUACAGUUAUCAACAAGUAUUACCUUCGAGGCCAAAACUACUACAACUUUGCUUUCUCCCUCUUAAUCUUCUUUUUUGGGCUUGGAUGCUGCAUUGGGGUGGCUACAGGUUUUACAUACUUCUUUGGAGAUCGUGGUCUUGCGGCUGCUCUUUUUGGUCCAGGGAAGAUUUUGGAAGAUCUCAGUCCCUAUAUUGCGCUUUCGGUGUGGUUAGGACUUUUCAUAUGGAUCACCGUCUUCUCCAACCGAGCAUUCCAUCCAGAUGCGGAGAAGCUCAGGAAACAAGGCCUCCUCGCUGAAAUCAUUGGAUCCCGACGGGCAACAACAUUCAAGAGAAGACUCAACCAUAAAUGGAUGAAGAUGGUUAUAUUACUUUGUCUCAUUUCCGCUGGGACGCGCGGUUUAUACCUUGGUGGACAGAUCGUCGUGCCCCCUUUAGUGGUGGGAAUAAACAAGGGAGUUUCAGUAGGAAUGGAUUAUUUCAACACCCUGCGUACCCCCACCAUAGAGGUCGCGACUGGGACAGAGACCGAGGUGGACGCAGCGGCUCAGGAUCCCUGGGCAGAUAUGGAUUUCAUGUACUUCCAAUCUACUGAGGAUAUGGGAGCCAAGGAGGCUAGUAGCAUGAAAGGGAGCCAAGGGUACUCACCGAGCGCGGAUGGGGGUUACUUUGGAGAUGAGAAGGAGAUCAGUUGGGGAGAAGUACUGAAGAUGGGGUUGGCUGUGUUUGCACCGCCUAUGGGUGUGGGCGCGUUGGCCUGGAGAAGGGGGAGAAGCCAGUGA